GUUAUCCUGCAUGAAGACAAAAAGUACUACCCUAGUGCAAUGGAAGUCUAUGGUCCAGAGGUGGAGACAUUAGUCCAAGAAGAAGAUACACAACCACUGACCCAGCCUCUUAUUGAACCGGUCAAGCGAAAGCAUUUUGCUUACUCAGAAUUCUCCCUCCCUGAGACGACUUACGACCCUGAAUACCUGGCCGACCUCAUGGAUUGCCCUGAACUCAUCCGUAACGUCGCUUUUUGUGGCCACUUACAUCACGGAAAGACUUCCUUUUUGGAUUGUCUGAUCGAACAAACACAUCCCAAUACUACAGCAAAGGAGGAUAAAGACUUGCGGUACGCGGACUACCUGAAGAUCGAAGUAGAGCGUGGUUUAAGCAUAAAGUCUACACCGAUGACCCUGGUAUUGCCGGAUCUCAGGAACAAAUCCUACCUGCUAAAUAUCUUUGACACACCAGGGCACGUCAACUUUUCCGACGAGGUGACUGCUGGCUUUCGUAUCUGUGACGCGGUUGUUCUCUUUGUCGACGUCAGCGAGGGCAUCCUGUUAAAUACUGACCGCCUCUUGAAACACGCCCUGCAGGAGCGCCUGCCUAUCCUUCUUUGCUUGAAUAAGAUUGAUCGGCUCAUUUUGGAACUGAAACUUCCGCCCACGGAUGCAUACUACAAAAUCAAGAAUAUUAUCGAUGAGGUUAACUCCCUUAUUGUCACUUACGCCGAAGGCAUCGGUAAGUUCCCCCUUGCCAUUCUUAUCAUUGACAUUUUCAAGCGUCAGCCUUACCAUAUCCAUGUUGGUUGA